AUGGGCAAAUUAACGAGCACAAUCGGUAUUCCCAUCAAGUUGUUGAACGAAGCACAGGGCCAUGUUGUCACGCUAGAAAUCACGUCGGGACAAGUAUAUCGGGGAAAGCUACUUGAAGCCGAAGAUAACAUGAACGUCCAACUCAAAGAUAUUACAGUCACCGCGCGCGACGGCCGAGUCUCACAUCUCGAUCAGGUUUAUAUUCGUGGAAGUCAUGUGCGAUUCUUUAUCGUGCCGGAUAUGUUGAGGAACGCACCCAUGUUCCGUACUCGUGGACAGCGUGGUAGAGGUGUUGGUUUGGCUCGUGGUAAAGCCACCGUUAACAGAGCUCGGGGUCAACGACGGGGUUAA